UUUUUUUACCCCGACAUGUAGGGCUGUGUGGCUGUCAGUCUGACCACCCUCCACCUCCGCGGAUGGUACAGUCUUGGUUCAUUCAUAAAAUUCUAGCCGAGCAUAAAAGGAGGGGCUUGCAUUCAAGUCGUCCAGUUACCAGGUAUAUACCUGGAGGAAAAAACCGAGCCGCUCUGCCCAGCGGAAGGCCAGAGUCAUAUUUGUCAUUGAUCAGGACUUGUUUAUUCCCCUCGUGAUUUCUCAUAACAACCUGACGGCCUGACAUGGAUUCAGUUUCCCCCACCUGCCGGACACAGUCUCCUGUCGGGACCCUCUUCCAGAAGACGCCAGAAGAAGCGAGCUCUCCAGCUUCCUCCUUAGAGAGCAAUGCAAAGGAGCUCUGCCGAGAAAUGAGCGUUGAAGAUACUCCAUUUGUUCCAACAGUCACUGCAAUUUCCUCUACCCCAGAUUUCCAGUGGAUGGUCCAGCCUACGAUUAUUACAUCUGUCUCCCCGUCUCUGGGUAGCAAGCAAGCCAAUGAACCACAAAGCUCUCACCAGGCAACACCCAAAGUGGGCGGGAACAAGGGCAAAAAUGUUGUCAGAAAGGGGAAAACAGAGCAGCUGUCUCCGGAGGAGGAAGAGAAAAAGAGGAUAAGGAGGGAGAGGAAUAAAAUGGCUGCAGCAAAGUGUCGCAACAGACGGCGGGAACUCACUGAUACACUGCAAACUGAGACCGAUAAGCUGGAGGAGGAAAAAGCAGCCCUGGAGACGGAAAUAGCCAAUCUUCUCAAAGAGAAAGAGCGACUUGAAUUUAUCCUUGCCACACAUAAACCAGGGUGCCAAAUCUCAGAUGAGUUGGAGUCUAUUUUCCAGGAGCCCACGGGGUCCCCAGGGCUACCGCCCAGCCCGGACGAGGACAGACUUCCAGAGGAUGGCACACAGGAAGCUCCUUCGCUCCAGGACAUGGACAUCCCCAGUGAUCCGUCAACAGCCAUCUCUGGGAACUCCAAUAUCUUGCUGUGUGCCAGUGCUGAAAUCAACAUCUGCGAUCUUGAGUCUUCUCUGGACAUUAAAGAGGAGCUUCUGGAAAAUAUGUUGCCCAGUUUGGAGGAGAAAACCCCCAUGGAGACAGCUCGAUCCGUGCCUGACAUAGAUCUGAGCAGUUCUCUUGGGGUCUCGGACUGGGAGACCCUGUACAAGUCUGUUUCCAGCGACCUGGAGCCUCUCAGCACUCCUGUGGUGACCUCCACCCCCACCUGUAGCAGUUACCUGUCUGUGUUCACAUUUGCGUGUCCCGAGCUAGACUCUCUCACAGAGGGACUAGACAGUCAUAAAGGUGGAGGGGGCAUAACAGAAUCUGUUGAUCUCCUCAACUCUCCAACUCUCCUAGCCUUAUAAUGUACAGAGGGAAGUGAUCUGUGUGAUCUCUCUGGUUUUUCUGUUUGCAGGUUUCUGAUUUUGGAAUGACAUGAACUACAUAUGCUUGUAACACUUCAAGGAAUACCUUCAUGAAAUGUCUUAUGUGUGUGACUAAGCAAACAUAUUAACUUUCUCCAGAUACAUAGCCAACAGAGUGAUGUAGCGAAAAGCAUGGCUUUUACAGGAGGGACUGAAGUAAGUUUUGAUUUUUAAAACGCAUGCUGAGAAAUUCCAAAUAAUUUUCAGAGCUUCUAUAUAUCUGAUCUGUUACUAGAUCUAAGAUGUAAUGUGGAAUUUAAUGUAUCAGUAUGGUUUUGUGUUUUGGUGUCAAUAGUGUAUUGAUUGAUGUAAAUGUUGUAUUUACAUAUUCAUCCGCGUUAAGUACCUACAUACCUCAAUGUCAUCAACUGUGGUUUGACCUCAUUGAAAGUUUUCCAUGAAAACAUCCAGUGCUAUAUACUAUAUAUCUUAUCAAGAUGUACCUUAUGAUUUAUUUUUUUACCUUUCAGAUUUUGAUUUAUUUGUUAAAUUUAAAA